GUUGGACGCAUCCCACUCGGGAUACGAGUACUACACCCCCGUACGUACGUACUCGUACUCGUACUCGUACUCAGGAUAGGAUGUUUACAGAUUUUCAAGCCUCUUGCCGGGCCCUCUCGUCGAUCGACACAGACACAGAUGCCGACGACAAUCGAUUCGACCUUGGCUCCACCACCGAUCCAAUCGUCAUCCCCGACCCUACCGAGGACCAUCGCUUUACCCAAGCCACGACGAAAGGGACCAUGGAUGCCACCACUGCCGACGACGGCGACAACAACAACAACAACAACUCCUGCAGCGAGGACGCCGCUGCCGCAAACUUUGCGGAGAAGGUGAAGGAUCGGUUCGACGUGGUCUGCUUCGAUCUCGACCAGUGUGCCGUCGCCCGCCACUCCAGGGGCCGGCUCCCCCGGUCGGACCUCGACGCAUUCGCCUCGUGCGCCUCGGCCGAUUUCGUCCGGGCCAUCCCCGCCCUGCUGGCCAGGGGGGUAGGCCUCGCCGUUUGCACCCACUCCGACCUCGCCCAGCACCGUUCCGGAGACGGGGUGGAGCGGCCGAGGCGCGGGGACCGGGCCGUGGUCCUCGGGGACGAGCUCGUCCACGAGGUCCUCCUCCGCGUCGCCCCGGAACACGCCCACGAGUUCUUCGUCGUGGCCUGGAGGCCCAAGAGCCGGGGGGCAAGGGGCCUGGCGGAUCCGGGAAAGACCCGGCACGUCCGGGCCUGCGCGGCCUUUUACGGCGUCCCGCCCGACCGCUGCGUCCUCUUCGACGACGAUCCGGCGAACUGCGUCCUCACGGGCUGCGGGGGAGGGGGGCGGUUCUCGGCCUACCGGGUCGAUCCGGGCGUGGGCUUUCGGUUUUCCGACCUCCGGAGCGCGGACGAACCCAACGAUUGCUUCUUCGAGCGGUCCGACGGGACCGUCGACCGGCUGGUCCGGUGGGACACCAAGUGGAACCACGAGUACCGGGGAACGCCCCAGUUUCACCUGCCGGAGCCCAAUCCCGAUCUCGUCCGGUUUUACGGCAACGGGUUCGAUCCCCCGAAGGACCGGCCGAUCCUGCUGCCGCUGUGCGGGAAGACCGUCGACCUGCGGUGGCUGAGAGACCAAGGCCAUCGGUGUGUGGUGGGCGUGGAGGGAGUCGAAAAGGCCAUCGAGGAACUCAAGGAGGAAUCCCUCGGCGAGCUGCGGUGCAUCGAGAGCAAAGGCGGAGGCGGGGUCGGUCCCGGGAGCCUCUGGACCACCGCGAACGAGGACACCGAGUGGUUUCCGCCGAUGCCAGCCGUCGACGCCGGCGGCGACGCGGAGGAUUCCCGCGUGGUGUCGAUCGUUUGCGGGGAUUUCUUCGGCCUGUCCCCGGAAACCUUUGGGGCGCAAACGGCCAUGUUUGCUUCGGUCUUUGACCGGGGAGCGAUCGUGGCGGUCCCGCCGCAAAGCCGGCAGCAGUACGCCUGCGUGGUGGACGCGCUGCUGGAGCCGGGGGGCCGGAUCCUGGUGGUGGGGGUGGACCCCGGCCCCGACCGGAAAGGACCGCCCUUUGCGGUCACCCCUUGCGUCGCAAGGGAGCUCUUCGGUCCCUUUGGGUACAGCCUUCGGCUCCUGGACGAAACAGACUCGGACCUCGGCAGGGGUGCCAAGUCCUACGUCUUUCUCCUCUCGAAACCCCUCGGCACGUCCGGUUGCUAAGGAACGGCCGGCCGGCCGGCAGAGCAAAGAGCGGCAAGCGAAGCAUUCGCGAUUGGAAUCGUCUUCCAAACUCUUUUUUCCGGUAGGUGCAGAAAAAUCGACAGCUGUGGGCGUGCAUUGACACUGUCGAUUCCGUGCCGAGAACCAAAAACGGCAAAGCUACUCAUGAUAUAAGUCCCGAGCAUGGCAAGUUGAAAGUUACUGUAUUGCUUCCUGCUGGGACAUCCGUGUGUACCGAUUUUUCGCUGUUUGCCAGUAUUCGAUUGCACCCCCAGAACAACGUCUUUCGCAAAGGCUAGUAGUAGCCUGUUAUGGCUGUCGAUGAAGACCUAAGAAACAAGCUUGUCCCACGACGCCCGUGCCAAGAGACAGGAACGCCUCAACCUCGCGGUGCGUUCCGUCGAAGGUGCCAAGGCAAGAGGCGACGAGAAAAGACUCGUUCGUUGCCAUGGGUGAGGCUCCGAAGUUGUUCCAUCACUGCUAUCCGUUGAAAGGGUUUCGUGGCAGAAUCAUAUAUGCAUCUAUUGGUGAAAAGGAAGGUUUCGACGCGGUGAUUGGUGGUGGAAAAUUCCAAGGAAGACGAGUGAUCUGGAACAGAAGAAAUUGUCCGCGAUGGCUUGCAAUAAGUACUAGCAACGGUGCAACUCGCCAAUGUUUGCCCCCCAGAGAGGCAUGCAAGCACCUCGGAUGCCUUCGCCUUUCGUCCUUUCAAAAACGAAACAAACGGCCAAGCGCCAUUGACAAUAAAUUGUUGGUUUAGCA